GCUCGGGGCGUGUUGACAGCGGCGCGGGCGGCCGGCGGGAGUCUGCGCCUCUGGUUCCUGCCCGCGACCCGGCGGCCGGCGUCCCGGGAUGGCCUUCAUGGAGAAGCCGCCGGCCGGCAAGGUGCUGCUGGACGACACGGUGCCGCUGACGGCGGCCAUCGAGGCGAGCCAGAGCCUGCAGUCCCACACGGAAUAUAUCAUUCGGGUGCAAAGAGGAAUUUCUGUAGAAAACAGCUGGCAGAUUGUUAGAAGAUACAGUGACUUUGAUUUGCUGAACAACAGCUUGCAGAUUGCAGGCCUAAGUCUACCUCUUCCUCCCAAAAAGUUGAUUGGUAACAUGGAUCGUGAGUUCAUAGCUGAGCGGCAGAAAGGUCUUCAGAAUUAUCUCAGUGUUAUCACCACAAAUCAUAUUUUGUCUAAUUGUGAGCUGGUUAAGAAGUUUUUAGAUCCAAACAACUAUUCUGCAAACUACACUGAGAUUGCCUUACAACAGGUUUCCAUGUUCUUCCGAUCAGAACCAAAGUGGGAGGUGGUAGAACCAUUGAAAGACAUAGGUUGGAGGAUAAGGAAGAAAUACUUCUUGAUGAAGAUUAAAAAUCAGCCAAAGGAACGGCUAGUGUUAAGCUGGGCUGACCUUGGCCCGGACAAGUAUUUGUCGGAUAAAGAUUUUCAGUGUCUAAUCAAACUUCUUCCUUCCUGUUUGCACCCUUACAUCUAUCGGGUUACCUUUGCCACAGCUAAUGAAUCCUCAGCAUUGCUAAUUAGGACGUUUAAUGAAAAAGGAACUUUGAAGGAUCUGAUCUACAAGGCAAAACCAAAAGACCCAUUUUUAAAGAAGUACUGCAACCCUAAGAAGAUUCAGGGCCUUGAACUCCAGCAAAUAAAAACAUACGGACGACAAAUAUUAGAGGUGCUAAAGUUUCUUCAUGAUAAGGGCUUCCCUUAUGGGCAUCUUCAUGCCUCCAAUGUGAUGCUAGAUGGUGACACGUGCCGGCUGCUAGACCUUGAGAAUUCCUUAUUGGGCCUUCCAUCCUUCUACCGAUCUUAUUUCUCACAAUUCAGGAAAAUCAAUACGUUGGAAAGUGUGGAUGUCCACUGCUUCGGCCACUUACUAUAUGAAAUGACUUAUGGACGCCCACCGGACUCAGUGCCUGUAGACUCCUUCCCUCCUGCCCCAUCCAUGGCUGUGGUGGCCGUGUUGGAGUCUACGCUGUCUUGUGAAGCCUGUAAAAACGGCAUGCCUUCCGCCUCCCGGCUCUUACAGAUGCCAUUAUUCAGUGAUGUUUUACUAACUACUUCUGAAAAACCACAGUUUAAGAUCCCUACAAAGUUAAAAGAGGCAUUGAGAAUUGCCAAAGAAUGUAUAGAAAAGAGACUAACUGAAGAACAGAAACAGAUUCACCAGCAUCGAAGACUGACAAGAGCUCAGUCACACCAUGGAUCUGAGGAAGAAAGAAAAAAAAGAAAGAUUUUAGCUCGAAAGAAAUCAAAACGAUCUGCUGUUGAAAAUAGUGAAGAACAUUCAGCAAAGUACAACAACUCCAAUAAUUCAGCAGGAUCUGGGGCCAGCUCACCUCUCACAUCGCCGGCGUCGCCGACUCCCCCCUCUACUUCAGUAGAGCAUGCACCAUUUUGAACGUGAAUUUUCGCUGCCUUAGGUUUGGGUAAAGAUGUAAAGGAAGGUAAGUGAUUUUCUAUGAAUUGUAAGACAUUAGUUACCUGUCAUGCUUGGUGAAAAUGAUGUCCUUAUUUGUGUAUUUUAUUGGUGAUCCUGAACCAUCAUUCAUACAAACUCAAGUAGUGAAAGGUAUCUUUACCUGUUUCCACCACAGCUCAGUAGCAGUUUGGGGGAAACCACACAGCGGACCAUCUCCCUGGUGUAGCCCUGAGAGGGCAGAGACAGCAACAGACAGGUGGAGUCUCAGAGAGCUUCAAGGUUCACAAGAGAUGGGGACAACUAACUCUGUGGCAUAGGAAAGUUCUUUAAGGCAGAACUUUUUGUGUUCUCAGUGUUUAUUUCGUCCUGAGAGAACAAUUCAUUCAUUGACUCAAAAUAUAAAAUAAAAGUUGCAAAUGUUUAUGUGCCUGAAAACUGAGGGAAGUUUUAGAAACCUGUCAAGUGUUCCUUUCCUUGCCCACUAUAGCAGAACUUUCUAGUUUCUCCUGGUGCUUCAGCCAAGAUGUAUGUUUAGUGCAGUUCUAUUCUGUCCCUUGAUUGGGCCACGGUGGAAAGAAUAGUACUUCAGGAAGACUCCUCCCUAAGAAUGCCCUUGCCAGAGAGAGACCCCUGUGCCCCUUGCUUUGCAUUGCUAACAAUUAAUAGCAUUUUACAGUUCUUUAAUGCAACCUAAUAGGAAAGGAUUACUGGAGACAGACUCCUCUGGGAAAUGCAUAACCCAGCAGGCACUGGUUCCUUGCCAAGAAUCCUGAGUGGUUUGUUUUUUGUAUCAAGUCACAUCCUUCAAAUAUUGUAUGUGUUGGAAUAGCUAAAGAACUGUUCAUCCCUUAUGAGUAAUUGACAUUCAGGUAGCCCAACUCUGUGCAUACAGAUAUCUUAUUUUUAAUUGCUGGCCCAAAAGUAGAUAGAGCUGCCCAGGACCUGACCGAUGUAGCUAAGGGAUGGAACUCUUCUCUUGGGACCAUUACUAAAAUUUGGAAAUGGGGUCAGAGCCUCAUCUGUGCAGACUGUCACUGUGUAUGGUUUCACAGAAUCUGUAAUAUUUGUUCCUACAGUCUUUUUUCAUAUGACUGUUAUUUGAGGAAAAUGACAACCAUUCCCCUUUGAUGCUUCUAGCUUUUUGUGUAGUAUCUUUAAAAAUCCUGCACUACUCAGUGAGGAAAACAUUUGAGUCCAUUCUCCCCAGGAAGAGCAGUAGCAUGUGUGCACGGCAGUUGGAGAGGUGAUCACUGACUGCCCCCUCUUGGCCUUUUUCCUCCACAGGGAUAUCUGCAUUACCUCCACCUCCUCCACCUCCACCACCAGCAGCUCCCUUGCCUCCCGCGAGCAUGGAGGCGGAGGCGUCUGCCCAGCUCUCACCCCAGGCUGUGAAUGGUGUGAGCCGAGGGGCCUUGCUCAGCUCCAUCCAGAAUUUCCAAAAAGGAACUUUGAGGAAAGCUGAAACCUGUGAUCACAGUGCUCCUAAGAUUGGCUGAAGCUUCCUGUUUACACUUGGAGGGAAAAUAUUUUAUUUUUUUCCCUACUCACCUCUACCCCUAAAGUAUCCUCUUCCUGGGUAAAUAAUUGCUGAGCCAGUACAACCACAUACAGCACUAUUUUGCAGAUGCUCAUAUGAGGUUUUUCAAGAGACAAAUAUUCUUCAAGUAGAAUAAAGUUAGGCUAGCAUUGCUGCCUUAAGAAAUAUUUUACUCCUUUAUUAUCACUGUAAAGGAAUUUUAUUCAUCCUCCAAUGGGCAUCUUUUUGGGGCAGCAGCAUAUUGGAAUCAAUCAUUUUCAACUAAAGGAAAUGGACAGAAAAACAAUGACAACGUUCAGUCACAGCAGUGAAUGGCCUUUGUGUUGCAGUCCCUUCUACCCCAUCAGACUGCGCCUAGAAAUGCCCCUCACAGUUCAUUGCUCUAAAGCGUUUUCUGGUUAUAGCCUAGAUAGCUCCCAUUUUUGCUACCUUUAUCUUAGACAUUAACACUGUAGCCCAAAGCAUAGUUCUGUUGCUGAGUCAGAGAAGCAACUGAGUUCUUUACUUUCCCCUCAAGCAGGAUGGGGAAAUUUCUUAACAUUCUCUUAAGUUCUAACAGGAAUACCAGUAUGAUUAUAGAACUCAGGGCUGCUAAAACAACUACUUUAGACCUAUAGUUCUUUUUAGUUAGAAUGUAUCGAAACAGACAAAAAAAAAGUUAAAAUCAGAAAAAGCUCUUGCCAAUUAGAGGACCUUUGUAAUCCUCAGCAAUUAAGUCAACUUUGGGGCUUGGUGUGGGGGGGGGGAGUCAUUAUUACAAUGUAAGUAAAUUUGGCUUCUAUAGAAAACAAUUCUGACUUUUGAAAGACUUAUUUAUGAGAAAGAUCCUUAAUCCUAUGAUUUGCUUAAACCUUUAAAUAAAUUGCACUUUAAAGGAUUAUAAAUAAUCCAUUUAAAAAUUGAAGUACACACAUCAGUGUUGGUUACUAUGCAGAGAGAAUGUCAUUGUGUAUAGUUUCAUGUAAUCUGUCAUAAAUGUCAGCCGUAUUUUUUAUUAAAAUAAACCACGUCAAGAAAA